CUUUCCUUACUCAUUUUUUCAAAAGCCCUUUCUCUCUCCUCUGUCCUCUCUAUCCUCUGUUGCUCUCUUUUUCUCUCUCCUCUGUUCUUUCAGUUUUUUUUUCUUUGCUGAAUCUUCAAUUCUUUAGACAUGGCGAGAUCGAAGAACAAGCGAGCUAAAACUCUUCACAAAUCUGCUGGAGCUCAAGAUGAUGAAGAUUCUAGAGAUGAUCGGGAAAAAAAGAAGAGGAAGAGGGCUUCAAAUCUUUCUGCUGAUGUUAAAUCCCCAUCAUCUGUUGUCAGGCCUAUUGUCACCCGCUGUAGACCUUGCACUCUGGAAAAGGUUGUUAGUGGUCUUACUCAGUUGCAGCAGCUAGAUGUUGUUGAGGUUGGAUUUGGGGGACUCUUGGGUUUACAAAUGAAGCGUAUGGUCAGGAGCAUACUUCCUUGGCUAGUCAACAGUUUUAAUGGGGUCAGUUGUAUGUUUUCUAUUUCUAAAGGGAAAGAAUUUGUGGUCACUAAGUUUGAUGUGCAUGAUGUCUUUUGUUUGCCUAUGGGUGGGGGAGUUGAAAUACCUGAAUUGAAGGUUAAUCGUUUGUGUCCACAAGAAGAUGAAGCUCUUAAGGCUGAAUGGAGGAGGAGAUUUGAUGUUCCUGAUAAUCAAGGAAUUUCUCUGUGUAAACUAGAAGCUAGGAUGAAACAAUUGGCAGAUGGAGGUGAUGAAUUUAAAAGGUGUUUUGUGAUUCAUGCAUUGAGUAGUCUUCUUGUUCCAACUUCGAAUAGGACCGUCAAUUUGAAAUUGCUUAAGGCCGUUGAAGAUGUUAAUCGAAUUAGGAAAUAUGACUGGUGUUCUUACGUGCUGAAAAGGUUGAAAAAGGUUGUUGUUGAAUAUAAGAAGAUGACUACGCAAAAGCAUGUCUCUGGAUGUUUGUUGUUGUUGCAGAUUUUGUAUUUCCAUCGUUUGAAAUUUCAAGGUCAUGUAGAGAAUUCCGGUCUUCCUUUGAUCCAACACUGGACAGAUUUGAAAGUGAAAGAGAGAAUUUCACUUGAGUUGAAAGCGGGUGGGUUUGGUAAAGGUCUCUUGGAUAAGGUGACUUAUCCGGUGUCUGAUAUGUUGCACCUAAAUCAAGAAGCUCAAGUUGAAACAUGUGAUGAAGAUGAAGCCAAUGAUGGACCACCAUCUAAUAAUGCUGACGAGGGAGAAACCGAUAUUGCAACUGGUGGACCAUCACCUAACCCUACAGCUCGUGUGUUGGAAUCUGGUAUCCCCAUUCCCCAAUGGUGGUGGUGCUUUCAAUGUGAGUGUUGGAGCCCAUGGAGAUGCUGGUAUAGGAAGGUUCGUUCGUUUUGAGGUUCCAGAAGGAAUUCUAACUGAUUCUGAGAUAAAAGAUAUUGCGAUUGAUGAUGUUCAUGAGUCAUUCCUCCUCUUGAAAAGGAACAUGGAAAUUUUUUCUACUGUGCAUGCUGAGGGUUUUAGGAAGUUGAAUGAGUUGGUGUCUAAUAUUUGAUUUGGCGAGGGUGUUUCGUUGGCUUCUGAUUCUGUCAUUGUGUCUCAAACACAACAACUUCUCUCUGAUCCAGCAUACCAUAAGUUAAUUGAUGGUAUUGUUGAUGAGUGUUUAAAAAUGAAGACGGCGAGUGAAGGUUAUCAAUUUAAGCCUGCUGGUCAAUCUAGAAAAGCAGAUGCAGGCAUUUCUAGUAAUCAUGUCUGCCGAGCCGAUUGUUCUUUGGAUUGUAGCCCUUCCGAAUGUAAAGUUUUAUAUGUGAGUCUUUUUAUGAGGACCAAUGCUCGUCUUAUGGUAAGCAUGCUACGGUUACAACUCGAAGUUGUUGACUAUUGUUUGCUGGACGACGACAUGAUGAACAAAAUGUUUUCUUUACUUCAAUUUUUGAUGU